CUUUCUCUUUCUCUCUCUUUUUUCUUUACAAAGGCCCAUGUCACCUCCUAUCAGCAGUAGUCACUCCGAAUCUGGUACAGCUCGUUUCCUUGGUAGCGCCAGUUCUGGUAUCCUUGAAUUAAUCAUUUUCCACCCUGUUGAUACAGUGGCAAAGCGUUUGAUGAGUAACCAAAAUAAGCUUUGGGAAUCUCAUCGUACGUUUGCAGAGAAUAAAGCUUUUGUCGAUAAAGUUGUUUUCAAGGAAGCAGCCUCUGCGGGAUUUGCCAAGAAAUAUGCCUCUCUUUUCCCAGGUCUUGGAUUCGCAGCUGGAUACAAGGUUGCUCAAAGAGUAUACAAGUUUGGUGGACAACCUUUUGUAAAGGAUUACUUGAACAAUCAUCACAAGGAUUUAUUUGUUGGUGCAUUUGGUGAAAAGACAGGAAAGACAAUCAUGCACGCUACAGCAGGUAGUCUUGUAGGUAUUGGUGAGAUUGCUUUGUUACCCUUGGAUGUGCUCAAAAUCAAGAGACAAACCAACCCUGAAGCUUUCCGUGGACGUGGUUUCUUACGUAUUGUUAAGGAUGAAGGUAUGGGUCUUUAUCGUGGUGCUGGCUGGACAGCUGCUCGUAAUGCCCCUGGUUCCUUUGCUCUUUUUGGUGGCUCUGCCUUUGUCAAGGAAUAUGUCUUUGGCUUGAAGGAUUAUAACUCUGCCACCUUCUUCCAAAACUUCUGUUCUUCUAUUGGUGGUGCUGUUGCUUCCAUCACAGUGGCCGCUCCCUUAGACGUCGUCAAGACACGUAUUCAAAACCGUAACUUUGAUAACCCUGAAUCUGGUGUCAAGAUUGUCAAGGAUCUUAUCAAGAAUGAAGGAUUUGCCGGUUUCUUCAAGGGCUUAACACCCAAGAUCUUGGUGGUUGGUCCCAAAUUAAUUUUUAGUUUCACUAUUGCUCAACAAUUGAUUCCCGUCUUCCAUAAAAUGCUUGAUGCUUAAACUUUGUAUAAAUAAAAUUGUGCAUAACUAAAAAUAAACUAUGUGGUCAUCGAUGUUACUUGAUAUUUAUUUUUAGAUAUUGCCAUAGGGAGUAAUAGGCAGGGAGAUGAGGGCAAAGACAGACUAUGACAGUAGGAGAGAAAAAUGCAGAGACUAGCGUUGGAAAUUAAAAAAAGAAUGGCAUCAUAGGGAUGGAAAAAAAAAAGUAAAAUGACAAAAAAGUAUUCAUAUCCGUUCACGGCUUAAUCCCUUUAUGUAUUCUCUACUUUUUACACAAAAAAACAAGAGAAAUUACUUUUCAACUAGG